UUCCACUUUCCCAAGUUAAAUUAAUCACUAAACUUAGUGCCCUACACAUUCCUCUCUCUUGUCAUCCAAACAACCAUCUUCACAUUUCUUCUCCGCUCCAACUCCUUCGCUCUUCCUAAUAUCUUGUCAAAACUCAAGACUCAAUCUAGAGUCUCUGUGUAUAGUCUAUAUUCAUAUUCAGGGUCGAUGAUGGUGGUGGUGAUCAGAAGCAGGUGCUCUCACACUUCCCACAUCACUGAAAUUAUUAUCACCAGCUUCUUUCGCCACAAGCUCUAAAUCACAAGUGUUUCCAUAUACAUACUACUACAAAAGUAGUCUUUAACAAAGAAAAAAGAUACACAAGAUCAUGCCGAUCUUCGGUUCUUGAUCUCUCUAUGGCGGUUUCUUGAUCAGGUUCUUUAAUACAUAGAUUCUGCAGCUAUGGCUGGUCCAGAAUUGUUCUACGGCGAUGCUGCUGGUUUUAAUGGUAUUCUGCUUCAGAACCAGGGGCUUAUGUCUUCAUUUGCUACAAAAGAGGCUGUUGGUUCUCCUGCUUCUUUCCUUGCCUCCGGUUCCAUGGUCAGCUUUCGUGGUGUAAACGGAGGGAACAAAUCAGCUAGGUCAUUCUUUCAGUCAGUCGAAGAGAAUGAAACAGAUGAGUUGGAGGAAUAUUUACAUCAACCAGAGCAAAAGAGGCGACUUACAGCUGACCAAUUACAGUUUCUUGAGAAGAGUUUUGAGGUGGAGAACAAACUGGAACCAGAGAGAAAAGACCAGCUUGCUAAAGAGCUCGGUUUGCAACCUCGCCAAAUAGCGAUAUGGUUUCAGAAUCGUCGUGCACGAUGGAGGACAAAACAGCUCGAGAAUGAUUACGAGGCGCUGAGAAAUAAAUAUGACAAUCUGAAAGCAGACUACAUCAAUCUUCUCAAAGAGAAGGAUGAUCUAAGAGCUCAGGUUAUCCAGUUCACUGAUAAGCUGCUACUCAAGGAGAAAGAAAAGGGGGAACUGGCUACUUCUGAUAUAAAGGAACUUUCCGAUGCAUCGCCAAAAGAAAACAUGAUUGAUCAGAAAGUGUCGGCUAUUACCCUUAAGCAGCACGAAGACUUGAAUUCUGUUAAAAGUGACGCCUUUGAUUCAGAAAGCCUGGUGCAAUCCUCUAUCUUAGACCAGUCAGAUUUAUCUCAAGAUGAAGAAGAAAACUUGAGCAAGAAUCUGGUUGUACAUGAUCAUUAUCCCAUGACAUCCUCAAACUUGAGCUGCUUUGGAUAUCCAGGUGAAGAUCAGGGCUUUGGUUUCUGGUCAUUUUAAGUUCUUGAGUUUACGUAAAAUAUAGUUACAUGUCCUUUGUUUGAUUAUGGUGGUGUCCGGGCCAGCGGCUUAUAUGCACCUCGCGACUCUGAAUACCUGCUACUUUCCACUAUCUCCAUCUAGUUGGAGACAGGGCAUAGGCUGACAUUUUGACGGAAAAAAGUUCCAAGGUAUGGGUCACUUAGUUGGGAACUUUUGGGUAUUGUGCUUUAUCUUGUUCAUUGUACCUCUCGUGAAGUUUUAACUUUUGUCAACUAGGAGAUGGAUUUCUGAGUCUCAGCUAUUAAUUGGAAGUAGUAUUCUGAUGUAUACUAUGAAUAAAUCCAUAAACAUGUAAAAUGGAGAUGAUGUUACCAAAAGGCUAUUGUUUGUUAAAUUCUAUGAUGUUCCAAUA